CCUAGGGUUUAGCGCGCCAGAGCCAGCCGAGAGGCGCGAGCUGGUUGCUAAAUGGGGAUUCAGAGCUGAGUCGUCUUCCCUGGUGUGAGUGUAGGGGUCCUGAGAAGCUAGACCAGGAAGGAAAGGGAAACGCUGCUUGCUCAGUUUCCAUCUUCCACCUACAAUCCCGGGUUUGCCCUCUUGCGGAAAGGACUCUGGAUUCGGGGCGUGCGCUGAAGUCGCCCCGCAGGUCCGCAGGUGGGUAGCCCGGGCGAGGGAGGAAGGGGACGUUACCUUCCCCUCGGAAGAGGGCGCUGGCUCCCCCAGCCGGCCUUUAUAACCAGGCCGCGGGAGGCGAGGUGGCAGCCGGCUGCCGUCUGCGAUUCGCAAAAGCAUGCAGUUAGGAGAGCAGCUCCUGGUGAGCUCCGUGAACCUGCCGGGCGCGCAUUUCUACUCGCUGGAGAGUGCUCGAGGAGGCGGAGGAGGGGGAGGUGGCGGGAGCGUCAGCCUCCUCCCCGGUGCUGCUCCCUCGCCCCAGAGGUUGGACUUAGACAAAGCGUCCAAGAAGUUUCCAGGCAAUCUUCCGUGCCAGGCGGGGAGCGCAGAACCCGCAGGCGCCGGCGCGGGGGCCCCCGCAGCGAUGCUCAGUGACGCAGACGCCGGGGACUUUGGCAGCGCCUCAGCGGUGGCCAAGCCCGGGCCCCCGGACGGCCGCAAGGGCUCCCCGUGCGCUGAGGAGGAGCUGCCCUCCGCCGCCACCGCCGCGGCCACCGCGCGCUACUCCAUGGACAGCCUGAGCUCCGAGCGCUACUAUCUCCCUUCGCCAGGACCGCAAGGCUCCGAGCUCGCCGCGCCCUGCUCGCUCUUCCAGUACCAGGCGGCGGCGAGCGGCCACGGAUCAGUGUACCCCGCGUCCAAUGGCGCGCGCUACCCUACGGCUCCAUGCUGCCCCCGGUGGAUUCCCGCCUCCGUGUGCCCGCCCGCGAGGGCGCAGUUCGGCCCUGCAGCGGGCUCGGGAAGUGGCGCCAGCGGCAGCGGCGGCGGGGCCGGCGGUCCUGGAGCCUAUCCCUACGGCCAGGGCUCUCCGCUCUACGGGCCGUACGCCGGAGCCGCUGCGGCCGGGUCUUGCGGAGGAUUGGGAGGCCUCGGGGUACCCGGCUCUGGCUUCCGCGCUCACGUCUACCUGUGCAACCGGCCCCUAUGGCUCAAAUUCCACCGUCACCAGACUGAGAUGAUCAUCACCAAACAGGGCAGGCGCAUGUUUCCUUUCUUGAGCUUCAACAUAAACGGACUCAAUCCCACCGCCCACUACAACGUGUUCGUAGAGGUGGUUCUGGCCGACCCUAACCACUGGCGCUUCCAGGGGGGCAAGUGGGUGACCUGCGGCAAAGCCGACAAUAACAUGCAGGGCAACAAAAUGUAUGUUCACCCAGAAUCUCCGAAUACUGGUUCCCACUGGAUGAGGCAGGAGAUUUCCUUUGGGAAGUUAAAACUCACCAAUAACAAAGGCGCCAACAACAACAACACACAGAUGAUAGUCCUGCAGUCUUUGCACAAGUACCAGCCUCGACUGCACAUUGUGGAAGUGACAGAAGAUGGGGUGGAGGACUUGAACGAGCCUUCCAAGACCCAGACCUUCACCUUCUCAGAGACACAGUUCAUCGCAGUGACGGCCUACCAAAACACCGACAUUACUCAGCUAAAGAUCGACCAUAACCCUUUUGCCAAAGGCUUCCGGGACAACUAUGAUUCAUCCCAUCAGAUUGUCCCUGGAGGUCGGUACGGCGUCCAAAACUUCUUCCCGGAGCUUGUCAACACUUUACCUCAAGCCCGAUAUUAUAAUGGUGAGAGAACCGUGCCACAGACCAACGGCCUCCUUUCACCCCAACAGAGCGAAGAGGUGACCAACCCUCCUCAGCGGUGGCUUGUCACGCCUGUCCAGCAGCCUGUGGCCAACAAGCUAGACAUCGGGUCCUAUGAAUCUGAAUACACUUCCAGUACCUUGCUCCCAUAUGGCAUUAAGUCCUUGCCCCUGCAGACAUCCCAUGCCCUGGGGUAUUACCCUGAUCCAACCUUCCCUGCAAUGGCAGGGUGGGGCGGUCGAGGCGCUUAUCAGAGGAAGAUGGCACCUGGCCUACCAUGGACAUCCAGAAUGAGCCCUCCUGUGUUCCCAGAAGAUCAGCUUGCCAAGGAAAAAGUCAAAGAAGAAAUCGGUUCCUCCUGGAUAGAAACCCCCCUCCCUUCCAUCAAGUCUCUAGACUCCAGCGAUUCAGGGGUGUACGGCAGUGCUUGCAAGAGGAAGCGCCUGUCUCCCAGCACCUCCAGCAAUGGAAACUCACCCCCCAUAAAGUGUGAGGACAUGAACGCCGAAGAGUACAGUAAAGACACCUCAAAAGGCAUGGGGGCGUAUUACGCUUUUUACACAACUCCUAAGGAGUUACUUUAA